UUUGCGUCAAAUAUCACGCCAUUUUAGCAUUUUUCCGUGUUAGUUGGAGAUGGCCACGCCGCUUCUCUCUCUCUCUCUCAGUCUCUCUCGUUCGCUUGCUCGCCUUCUUUUCCACCUGCCCACACUAUCUCCGUAAAUCAUUUCUGCAACUUCCCUUUUCGUACAGAAUACACACAUAUCCUUGAGGGGCCUUUUAAAGUCAAUCUCAGCCCCAUGGCAGAAGGAAAAAAGAAAGAAGAAAGGGAAAACAAGCUUCAUUUGCAGUGAAACAGAAAGAAAAGGUCUAAUUUUUUGCGGCGUGUAUAGGUUUACUAAUGGCGGGUGGGUAUAGAACGGAUGAGGACUAUGAUUGGUUGUUCAAGGUGGUUUUGAUAGGGGACUCUGGUGUGGGAAAAUCGAAUCUGCGUUCGCGAUUUACUCAGAAUAAGUUCAGCCUCGAACCAAAGAAAACCGUUGGCGUCGAGUUCGCCACUCACAUUGUUCGUGUCGACGACGCAAAAGUCAAGGCUCAGAUUUGGGAUACCACCGGCCAAGAAAGAUACCGAGCCAUCGUACCAGCAUACUACCGAGGAGCUGUUGGUGCAUUGCUUGUAUAUGAUGUUACCCGCCAUGUCACAUUUGAAAAUGUAGAGAGCUGGUUAGUAGAGCUACGAGAUUUCACAGAUAAUAUCGUCGUACUGCUAGUGGGAAACAAGGCAGACUUACAUCACUUACGUGCUGUUUCUACCGAGGAUGCAAAGGCCUUUGCUGAGAAGGAGGGCACCUACUUUAUGGAGACAUCAGCUCUCGAGUCAUUGAAUGUUGAGAACGCCUUUACGGAAGUACUCACGCAGAUACGGCGAAAAGCGCUUGAGGUAGGGGAUAAUAACUAUGAUUACUUGUUCAAGAUGGUGUUGAUAGGAGACUCUGGUGUGGGAAAAUCGAAUCUGCUUUCUCGAUUUACUCGGAAUGAGUUCCGCCUCAUGUCAAAGUCGUCAACCAUUGGCAUGAAGUUCGCCACUCGCACGCUUCGUUUCGAUGACAAAGUAGUAAAGGCUGAGAUUUGGGAUACCGCCAGCCAAGAAAGGAAUGAUUUAGACUUUCAAAUGAAUUAUAGUGGUAUAGCGAGUGCAUGCUACCGAGUACCUAUUGGUGCAUUGGUUGUAUAUGAUGUUACUCGCCAUGCCACAUUUGAAAAUGUAGAGGGGUGGUUAAAAGAGCUACGGGAUCAAAGUGACCAAAAUAUCUUCAUAAUGUUAGUGGGAAACAAGGCAGACUUACAUCACUUACGUGCUAUUUCUACCGAGGAUGCAAAGGCCUUUGCUGAGAAGGAGGGUAUCUUCUUUAUGGAGACUUCAGCUCUUGAGUCAUUGAAUGUUGAGAACGCCUUUACAGAACUCCUCACGCAAAUACUUCGAAAAGUGGUUGAGGUAGGGGGAUGAUCCGUCGGCCUUGCCAAAGGGGGAAACCGUAAACGUUGGAGGCAAGGAUGAUUAAUAGCAUAUCCGAACCCUUUGCAUUGAUCCAUCUUCUGCCCUUCUGUCUCAGCUCAAUACAAGAUAAUGCUCCAUCAAAGUCAACUUCAACUCUAGAAAAAUUAUGAGCUUCAAUUAUUAAAAGCUCAAAAUGAAGCAAGGCAAAUAAUGGUGACGGAACUACAAGAAGAAAACAAAAUCACGAGCAUAGAUACAGAUUCCAUCAUAGAUUCAAUAAGGCAUGAGUGGAUCAGAAAUGCACAAUUAUGAAUUCAUGCAAAGAGGUCUAAUUGUCAACCAUUUGGACAAGUAGAAUCAUGUAGUUAGUUUAACCAAUAUUUUGAUAAUUUGAAAAGUAAUAUGCUUUAAUUUUGCCUCUAAAAUUAUGUUUUAUGUAGUUUUAUUUUUAAUUAAUCUAUAUUUAAUAAUAGCCUUGUUUUU